AGUGAAGGGGGAACGGGCGGCCGCUGCCGAGGCAACCGCGGGUCCAGCACACAGGCGGCAAUAAACCCGGCUCCGGCGCCUCCGCUUCUCUCCCGCCCCCUCGCCUCACUCUCCUCACUCUCCUCGCUCUCCUCACUCUCCUCGCUCUCCCCAGGAAGAGCCGCGGCCGCAGUCGCAGUCUGACGAUUGGAACAUUUAACUUCUUUGGAAAGGCAGCGCACUGCACAAAAUAUCUAAAACAUGGCAGAGAAUAACUUCCCCCCGCUCCCAAAGUUCAUCCGAUUGAAGCCAUGUUUUUACCAGGAUUUUAAUGAGAUUCCGGAUCACCAUCGCGUCUUGGCAAAGCGCAUUUACUAUCUGUGGGCCUUGAACAGCAUCACACUUGCAGUGAAUUUGAUCGGCUGCCUAGCUUGGUUGAUUGGAGGAGGAGGAGCUGUCAACUUUGGCCUGGCCUUUCUCUGGCUCAUUCUGUUCACACCUUGCUCUUAUGUUUGCUGGUUUAGACCAAUCUACAAGGCCUUCAAGUCGGAUAGUUCGUUCAAUUUUAUGGCAUUCUUUUUUACGUUCAUGGCGCAGCUGGUGAUUAGCAUUAUUCAAGCCGUUGGAAUUCCUGGCUGGGGAGUCUGUGGCUGGAUUGCUACUAUUGGAUUCUUUGGGACCAAUGUUGGCUCGGCGGUGGUGAUGCUGAUUCCAACUAUAAUGUUUACAGCUGUAGCUGUGCUGUCUUUCGUCGCUCUGACCAAGGUUCACAACUAUUACCGCGGCAGUGGGGGCAGCAUGAGCAAAGCUCAGGAGGAAUGGACGACGGGGGCAUGGAAGAACCCGCAUGUACAACAGGCAGCCCAGCAAGCUGCUGUCGGAGCAGCCCAGGGGUCGAUGCCGAACCCGCAGUACACAGAGUACUCGGACACCCCCAACUACGCCCUUAACAACCAGAUGUAAGCUUCUGCAUUAACGCACCUCGUCAGUUUACAGCAGAACCCCUGCAUCCAGGGUCAGGUGGAAAGUGCAGCGUGUAUGUUUUAUUUUUCCCUUCUCCGUGAAUAUUGUUCAGAGAUCAGGUGUUCUGAAAAGCAGCUAAUAUUUGUGAUGUACACUAGAAGCCAAGAUCUUGGUUACUGUAGAACAAUGUGCAAAAUAGUUUUAAACGGUGUGACGUUAUCGAUAUUGAAAUUGUUUGUGAUGAUAUAGGAUCCUUCCAGCUUCAAGAAUAAUCAUGCACACAUGCAAAUGUGGGAACGGUAGUUCAAUAACACUGCCAGAAUGCCUGGAACAUCUGCAGAUGGGCAUAGAGAAACUCCUGGCCCAUAGAUCACUCCUGGUAUUGAUUACUGUAUUGAGAUCGACAUUGUGAUUGUCCAAGGCUCUUUUGUGGAAUGCAGAGUAUUAGCGAAAAGUUUGGCGAGUCUGUAGUGGCGUAAAAUAAGGGAAACUGCUUCAAUAGAUCCAUUUGUUUUAAGUUCCCACCUGUGUUUGUGAAUCGGGAUUCUUCUGGUCAUUCUACGUAAAUGCAACCAGGGUGGUGCAAGGGAUCAAAUUGUCCUUGGAUUUCAGAAUCAAAUGUGUGAGGAGGUAUCUGCGACAAGUUGUAUUGUUUGUUUGGGCAGCAGAUUCUUUUGACCUCGCUGGAUACCAAUAUCAGUAGUCAGCGGAACUGGUCGUCAAACUCUGCCACCACACAUUUGGAACUGGCAACUAAAGAUGAAUUUCUCCCAAGUGUCUAACAUUCGAACCUAAUCAGACACAUCAGUUCUGAAUUUCUGGUGCACUCGUUGCAAGUUAAAUGGAAUAAAUCAAUUUAACAAAUGUCCUUAAGUGAAUAACAAUAUGUCAGAUAAACCCUGACGCUGCCUCAAGUCAUCUUAUGGUGUUGAGCUAACAGGCCAGUUAGUUCGCACGAAAAUUUGAUCUAUGUUCUAAUAUUUUUUUUCCUUGAGAUUUAUUUAGCAGCUUAAUGGUUUCCGUUAAUUAAGUGUUUGUCACUUGAAAGUCUUAAUUUGUUACUGCACUAUUCCAUCAGUUGCAAACGCUUUUUUAAAAAAACUCUAUGACGUUGUCAAACUUCUCAGAAAUUUGGUUGGAGUCUCAAAAUCAGUUCCGCGUUGCUUGUGGAUUUGUGGUCGGAGCAGGAUUCGCUAGAAGGAUGUUGCUUAUUGUCACUUAAUUUGCAACUGUGCUGAUCUUGUUCAAGCUAUAACCACAUUUUAUGCAUCUUUACUAAAGUAUCGUUGCAUAAUCUUUGUACAAGCUUUCUCCAAUGACAAUUGGAAGCUAUGAACAGCACAUUACAGACAGUGUCUGCACUUGUAUCACUGGAUGUUAUUUCCACCCUUGUUUCUGAGCGUUGUACUCCACUCUGUCAGCUAUUAUCUCAUAGCAUUUUCAAAUGGAUCUGAAAGAGAGAGAGGCCAGAGGAAUAGACACUGGAACCAGAAUAGGUCAUGCACAGAAGGGCUGUUGGCCUGGGUUAUAGAAGUACAAGCCAUAAACAUCAUGCUUGUACAGAGGCUAAAUCAUAAUUGUUCGGUUGGGGAAAUGAGCAACUUGGUUUCCAGUUAAGAACCCAUAAAAAUAAAAAUAAAAAUGCAAUUGGAUUCCCUUGUAUUGGAAACCAAUUCAUUGUUAGCAAGUUCAGGUGCUGAAUGAUGUAUCAGCAGCAAGAACAUAUGGGAUCGAAGAUACUGCCAAUGGUCAAUCAAUACAGCAUUGAAUCAACAAGGGAAAAAAAGCUAAUGCUUAUUAACUACUUCAUGGAAGUUGCUACAAACUGUAAGGGUCUCUGUUAAGACAAAUAGAAUGCAUGUCUGUAACACGUAUGUUAUGAAAUAGAAAACUGGGAAAGGGUGACUUGCAAUUAAUUAUAGAAAGCUCGCAUUCCUGUUAUUGUAGUCCCCUCAAUUUUCUAAUUGAUUUUGAUCAGUAUUGUGAAGAGUUCUAAUUUGCAAAGCUGCCAUGGUGUUCAGAUCUGAAACAGUUUGUACAUGGGGAAGGCAUAGUGAAUUAAUUUUGUACAGUAAAUAUAAUCUGAGAUGAGUCCAAAUCUUCAAUUAAAGUAGAGGAAAUGUACAUAAUAUUUAAACUGUGGUCAGUGGCUCUGGUGAUAAUUGGCUCUGUACACUUGUAGAAACUGUUGGAGCAUGAUUUAUAGUUGACUAGUCUCUGCUGUUUUGGGUCAAGCCUAUACUUUACUUAUUUCUUGCUUGUAAUCCAUGGAAUACAGAAAAGUACUUCAUGAUUUAAACUUGCAAAGUAGUACCCUGAUUGUACAGAAGUUCUGAUCAUGUUACUCGUGAAUUUACUUGCCUACAGUCUACUCAUAACCUCCUUCCGAGCUGGAAAUUGAAGAAUUGUUUGUUUCAAAGCUAUUUAAGGAAAAAAGACACUAGGCAAUUUAUCAUUCCUGUUAUUAGAAAAGUGUUCAAUGUAAAUUUUGCAGGUGCUAGCACUUUAGACAUGUUUUGUGUAUAAAACAAAUGGGAAUCAUGUUCUUAAAGUAUUUUGUGAUGGAAUACAACAGAGUUCUGCAGCACUUUAAGUAAAAGAUUAAUGCUUUCUCAGAAACGUAUAAUAGUCAAAUAAAUUACCUCUGGCUUUGGAACUAAAAAUUCCUGAUGUCACAAAUGUAUCCACUGAAUAUUUCACAGUAAGACUGAUCUUUGCAUUAGGCUAAUUUCAUUAAAUGUAAAUAAAGUGAUUGUGAGAUGUUUUUUUGUGAAAAUUACAGUAGACUUCAAAGAUCAUGUUUUUGAAUUCUAAUUGCUGCUUAAUUACUGGAGAGACUUAAAAUUCCUGAUACUGCCACCCUUUAAUGUAUUUGGUUGUGUACUUCAUCCCAGCCCCAGCGUAAACAUUUCACUGCACUGUAACUAAAAGUGUGCACUUUCCAAUCAUUCUUUAACAUUCCCUCCACACAGCAUCCUGUUACACAAUCUUAAAAUGACAAAAUAACUCUAUUAAUAAAGCACUUUCAUGGAUAUAUUGUGCAUUCUAAUGCUAUUUAUCACUAAGACCCAGACACUAUGCCUACUUAUCAAGUUGUUAAGAUAACUCUUAUGAGUUCUAUAGAAGUUAUUUUUCUGUAGUUUCAAUAAUUUUGUCCCAAAACUAUCCACUGUAAAGUGGCAGUUUUCAGUAUUU